AACCUAUGGGCGGGUCGGUUCCCCUCGUCAGCGACUGGCCGCCACGUUCUUGGUCGGUCGGUUCCCCUCGUCGUCUUCCUCCCUCCUCGUCCGUCUCCUCCAUGUGCCCCACAGGCGCAUUCACUUCCUCCUGCCGCCAUUAAACACCUCGCCCGCCGCCCGCUCCCACGCACCCACGUGGCUCCUCCGUUUCGCUCCCACGCCACCGCACCCCGGAGCUCUAAACCCUUCCUGCCGUGCCUCGAGGAGGCUAAAAAAACCCCGCAGCCGCAUUCACCCGAGAGCGAGAGAGAGAGAGAGAGAGAGAGAGAGAGAUGCUGGAGGCCGCGCGCGGGUGGCUGACGCCCGCAGUGCUGUUCGUGGCCGUGAACCUCGUCAUCGCCACCAUCGCCGUGGCGUCCAGGCUGAUGCCGGCGGCGGCGCCCGGGGACGAGCGGCGGAGACUCCUGCUGCGCGCGCCGUCGCUGGCCGUCGACCGCCUCCGCGCGUCGCUCAGCUUCUCCCGCCUCGGCCUCGCCGCGGACCACGCGCCGCUCUUCGACGACGCCGGAGCGGAGCCGUCGUCCCCCCUGGCGCCACCGGCGACGACGGGGGCCGGGGCGCCGGGGGACGACGGCCGCGAGGCCGAGCGCGAGGCGGCGCGCAUCGAGAGGAGCCGGUCGGAGGCCGCCGCGGAGGCGGCGCCAGCUAGCAGUAACCGGCGUCCGCGGGCAAGGAGGAUGCGGAGGGCGGCGACCGAGGAUCCGGCGCUCGCGGAGGCGAGGGGCGCCGGGCGCGGCGAGGAGCCGGCGGUGGAGGUGGACGCGCGCGCGGACGACUUCAUCCGGCAGUUCCGGGAGCAGCUCCGGCUGCAGCGCCUCGACUCCAUCCUCCGCUACCGGGACACGCUCCGCCGCACCGGCACCGCCUAGCCAGCAGGCCCGAGCACGGAUUACGUUUACUCGUAGGGGGCUAAGUGCGAUUAUUACCGCAUGCGUCGUAGCGUAGAGGCCGAGGUCUCGAGGAGGUGGGUGUAACGGUAAAAAAUUUCCAGCAUAUGCAAUGCUUUUUUUAUAAAAAAAUUAUCUGUGUGAGCUUUCAUUA